UCCAUUACAUUACUUGCUGUGCCGUGCGCGAGUGAGAGCGAACUAAACUACGCAGGAUCCUUAUUUUACUAUUUUCUUUUCCCUAAGAUAUAUCAUGGCUGGUGAAUCGUACAAUGAAAAUAGUGAUGUUUCGGCGAUAUUUUUUGACCUAGAUAACACUUUAAUUCAGACGAGGAAGUGUGAUAGCAGAGCCUGCAAUAAGCUUGUCGAGGUCCUGGAGCAACAGUACGGGCUACCACGUGAGGCUGCCUCCGAGAGCGCCACCAAGUUUCUGAGGGCCUUUCGCGCGCGCCCUGAUGACGACUCAUUCGCGAUAGACGAGUGGCCAGCCCACCUAUGGAGAAACUGCUUGCCGAAGAACUACAGACACAUCGCCAAAAAUAUAUCGGAAGAAUGGCUAAAACUAAGAUUUCAAUAUUUGUCUCUAACACCUGACGUUAUCCAUCUAUUAGAGACUUUGAGGGAGGAUUACCUACUGGGUCUGAUCACGAACGGGCCUUCGCGCGCCCAGUGGCAGAAGAUCCAGCGCCUUGGCCUGCGCAAGUACUUCGACUGCGUGCUGGUGUCGGGCGACCUGCCGUGGGAGAAGCCUGACCAGCACAUCUUCCUGGAGGCGUGCAAGCUACUCAACGUCGAGCCCAGGAACUGCAUCAUGGUUGGAGACAAACUUGAGACCGAUAUCAAGGGUGGAAAGGAGGCAGAGCUUGGUGGCACCGUCUGGAUCCCCCUCCAAAAAGACGAAGAGUCCUCCGACCUACCCGACUUCACCAUCGACAAGGUUACUGAGCUCCCCGAGGUCCUCCCCAACUCCCCCAAACUUAGGCGCGCCGUCGCCCCUGACGUUACCUGUUGACAACCCUGACUCAAACAUAAAAUUAUAGACCCGUUCACAUAAAUCUACCGAACGUUCUCGUUUGGUUUUCACCGGUGGAACGCUACAACGCGAUUGGUUGAUGAGUUCGCGUCACGCACGCGAUUGGCCGCAACUAGUUGCGUUGGACUGCACGAAUGGCUCACAUUCGUGUGCUCGCCGGUGUGUUGACCUUGCUUGGUGCCCCUAAGGCCCGUCGAAACCAAGUCAAUAAUGUAUAAGAACAAGCCUUGACUAUUGACUAAACGCUAAACGGUCAAUGUGACCACUACUGACUACCACUCUUCAGUGGGAUUUGCCAAUUUAUAUUCUCGACACCCAUUCCUAAUUAACUCUGGUGAGGCUACUGACAUGUGACUAUAAUAACUAACUUUAUAUCCUAUCUAAUAAGAAAAUUAUGCACGGAAUCGCCCUAUACUAGUAGAGUAGUUGAAGGAUCUCAAUCGGCCGCUUUCCGGUCAAAAUUGUGAUCAAACGAUCACGCAUUCACGAUUGAUUUAAGUACAAAAGUAGCUUUAGAGUUUAAGUAUAUUUUCUAUACUGAGAAAUUAAUUCUUCAACGUCCAGAGCUUGUCAAGUUACCGACGAUAUGUUGCGAAUGUAACUGAACCUCUAUGAGAUCUGAGUUGUGUAUAGAGAGUGACAUUAUAGUUUAUUUUUUGAAGACUUGUAUAGAGAGUUGGUAGGGCUAUUGGAUAUAUUUUUUAUUAUAAUGUAUAGUCAUUCUUAUAAGCUUAGCAUGAUUUCGUUGUAUUAUUUUUUAAAGUAUUUGAGUCUGAUGUAUGCAGGAGCUGGCCACUAUUCAUGUGAUACCUAGUAGGAGGUAAGUAGUUUUGUUCUCUAUAAGUUAUUUUCUAGACAAUUUAUGUGACUCCGGUCGCAAAGUAGUAUCUUUUCGAAAAGUAUUCAAGUACAAGGGUUGUUAAAUGUGUUGUUUAUUUUCUUCGGUAGAUAUAUGUAGGUAAACUUGUAGAUUAAGAUAUAUGUGGGACAUGUGUAUAUUUAUGUAAGAGACAUGCUCCUACAUAAUUUGAAAUAGUAUCAUGAAUCAUGAUGUAACUUGAAGACUUUUUUAUUGUUACCCUUAUGUACAGAAAGUACAUUUUGUCUUCUUCAUGCAUUUGAAGAUUGAAUUUAUUGAGGUUGACUUUGUAAUUUUGUUAUUCUUAAAUGGACAUUUACGUUAUGCGAAGAUUUUGGACUUGAUGUGAUUUUGGAGCUAAAAAUGCUACAUUCUGGACUUUUGCUGCAGUGGGAAGAAACCAUAUCAUAAUUAUUUACUAUUGAUCGGCCAAAGUACUCUUAUGAUGGCAAAAGUGAAUGUGUACAUAAUAAAUAUGAUAUUUUACUACA